AUGCCUGAAAAAGCUUCCCCGAGUACUAGUCAUAGUUUGAAUAUUCAUAUUAAAGCUCCGUCACAACCUAAUAUAACUGUUGAUGAUUUGUUGUCAAGGAAGAAACUACCUGACGGAACAAAUAAAAGAGUUCCCUGCGCAUUUAUUAUUUAUCGAAUGGCUUUACAACGCGAACUUAAAUCUAGAGGUCAUAAGCUUACUUUGCCUCAAGUUUCUGUCAUGGCGGCUGACGCAUGGAAGAUUGAACCUGAAGAAGUCAAACAAGGAUAUAUUAAAUUAUCUAAUGAUGCAAAAGCUCGUUAUAACGAAACACAAAGACGAAAUAGCUCCAUUAUUGAAAAUACAGGCGAUAACAACACGGAUCUUCCUGAUAAUGUCAUAACAGAUGAAAGUUCGUUUAAUGAUGUUGUUGGUCCUCACUUUUUCAUUUUAGCACCCGAAAAUACGUUAAACUUUGAUUCUUCUAACAAUUAUAUUGCUACCGAAAAUUAUUACAAUAAUAUUGGUAAUUUAGAAAUUAAUAAUAACCUUACAGCCUUUGAAUCUUCAUUAGUUGAGCGUGUUCGUAUAUUGGAAGGUCAUCUAAAUUUAGUGGCUGAAUUUUUGGGAGUUCAACUUUGGUGA